UCGCCGAAAAUGAAAAUGCUUCAUAGAGGAGGAGCUUAUAAUGAUUUACCAAUAAAACAAUUUAUUUCUAUCUUACGGAAUUGUUUUAGACCUUCAAUCAUUAGUCAGAUUGAAUAACUUCUGAUUUUGUUGGUGAAGGCAUAUAAGAUCUAUAGGCAUCAAUUAAUAACAGUGGUAGAACAAGAGAAACGGAAAAAAAAUGAAAUUUCUUCAUAUUCUGACAAAAGCUUCUACUUCUCGCCACAAUCGGAGUAGAGUUUUUUCAAUCGCCGCCAAUGGCCGCUUCUUCUCCGAUCAGGCUCACUCCCAAUCUCAUCGCCGCUCCUCCUUCGGCAUUGCUUUUGACAUUGACGGCGUGCUUCUGCGUGGCGAAACUCCCGUCGGCGGCUCUCCGCAGGCUUUGGAAAGAUUAUACGACGAGUCUGGUAAUCUGAGAGUACCCUAUGUAUUUUUGACCAACGGAGGUGGUGUUCCUGAAUCCGAAAGGGCUACAGAAUUGAGCAAAUUACUGAAUGUCCCUAUUUCGGCCUCCCAGGUUAUACAGGGGCAUUCGCCUUUCAAGCAGCUUGCAAAGAGAUUUGAAAAUGAUCUCGUAAUUGCAGUAGGCAAAGGUGAACCUGUUGCGGUGAUGUCUGAAUAUGGUUUCAAAAAUGUUCUUUCCAUCGAUGAAUAUGCAUCUUAUUUUGAGCAUAUCGACCCACUGGGGAAAUUUAAAAAUUGGUCCAAGCAACAAGUUGGUUAUUGGAAAAGCAGACACAGGAAAGUUGAUCCUUGUUCAGAAAGAGUGCAAGCUGUCUUCAUAGUUAGUGAUUCUGUUGAUUGGAGCAGGGACAUUCAGGUUCUGUGUGACAUUUUGAGCACUGGAGGUCUUCCUGGAAGAGAAAUUUCCAGCCAACCACCUGUGUAUUUUGCAAAUGACGACCUCUCCUAUCAAGGUCUAUUUCCGACUGAGCGUUUUGGCAUGGGUGCUUUCAGGAUUGCUUUAGAAUCCAUCUACAACAGAAUGUACUCUAAUCCUCUGGAUUAUACAUCCUAUGGGAAACCAAAUCCAUCUGUAUUCAAGAAUGCUGAGAAUGUGCUAAUGCAAGUUGCACCCUUGAGCACAACUGUUGAGAGUAAUGAAGUACAUCCGUUCAAGACGCUAUACAUGAUAGGAGAUAAUCCCCAUGUUGACAUUAACGGAGCUCGUCAGGCGGGACAUCCUUGGUUCUCGAUCUUGACGAGGACGGGGGUUUUCAAAGGGAAGGAAAAUCAUCCAUUAUAUCCCGCGGAUUUGGUGGUUGACACAGUGGAAGAAGCGGUGGAUUAUAUUUUGAGCAAAGAAACAUAGCAAUCUUGGAAUUAGUUAUACCUUGGUUUGGAAGAAGUACUACAUUGUUUGUGGUAUAGAUUGGAGUCGAUAGAUUAUAAGUUGUGUUGCUCCAUACUUAAAGGCAGGAACAAUCCCUUGACGUUACGGAUGGACGAGUCUUAUGCCACUCGGCAACACCCUUUGAGUUUGUCAAUUUGUCAUAUUGAUAUUUGCUGCAGUUGAUUAAAACAAGAGAAGCAAUUAUUUGUU